AUGUUGGUACGUUCCGACGACAGCGAGUAUUCUUCCUUGUUGGACACACAGCAACAACAUGACCGUUUUUACAACAGCUUGUAUCCACCAUCCACUAUCUUUGAUGCUUCCCACCAAAAUCGUCAACGUUCACACUCAGCUAUUUUAUCCUCAUGCGCUAGCGUGAAUUCUUGUGCUCGUGAUGACCAAAGCGUUGUAUGCCGAUUGUUUAACAAGCGCCUUGGGCAAUAUGACGAUGACCGACAAGAGCUUCUCAAUGAAAACACAGGUGUGCGUGUUUGGUAUGAAUCAUACUCAAGCAUUGAUUGGAUCCACGACCAUAUCAAGGAGGGAGUUCGGCUAAGGAAGUUAAGGAAUAUCACAAGCGAUGGAUGGCGAGGUCGCUGGAUCAAAAUGAAAGACGCGUCUCAAGCAUGGAUUUUGGUAACUUUGACUGGCACAACCGUGGCAUUGGUCGCUUGGCUCGUUGACGUUGUCCAAGAGUGGAUGUCAGAUUUGAAGACAGGCUAUUGUACAACCAAUUGGCGAUAUAACAGCAAGUUUUGUUGCUGGGGUCGAGAAAAUGGUUGCCCUGAAUGGAGAACGUGGUCCGAAGCCUUUGGCAAUGCAACACAAGCUUCUUCAUAUUACACUGACAUGGCCAUGUAUUCUGUGUUGGGGCUUUUCUUCGCUUGGAUAGCAUCCACAAUGGUUAAAUAUACGGCUGAAACCAUUGUUGUGACGUCGCCAUCUGCUACCAGUGAUAAAGAUCAGCUCAAAGGCGUCUCAAAACCAGAGACGAAGACUGUAUACUACACAUCAGGAUCAGGCAUUCCCGAGGUCAAGGUGAUUUUGGCUGGCUUUGUUAUAAAGGGAGUCCUUGGCAUCAAAGCAUUUCUUGUGAAAGGAAUUGGUAUGAUUUUUGCUACCUCCGCUGGAUUAACCACUGGUAAAGAAGGCCCUUUUGUACACCUUGCUGCUGCCGCCGCCAACAUUUACUGCCGGCUUUUUGACAAGUUCAACAAGAACGAAAGUAAACGUCGAGAAAUCUUAUCAGCAUCAACAGCAGCUGGUGUUGCUGUCGCGUUUGGUGCUCCUAUCGGUGGUGUACUCUUUACAUUGGAAGAAGUCAGCUACUACUUUCCGAUCAAAACAAUGAUUCGUAGCUUCUGCUGUGCUAUGGUUGCGGCCACCAUCCUCAAAAUCGCUGACCCAUUUGGCACAGGCAAGAUUGUAAUGUAUCAAGUGCACUAUGACAAGGACUUUCAUGUUUUUGAGCUGCUACCAUUCUUGCUAUGCGGUGCCAUCGGAGGAUUCCUUGGUGCAGCUACCACGUAUAUCAAUGUCAAAUUUCAAUACCUGCGUAAAUCGACAGCUCUUGGUAAAUACCCAGUGUGGGAAGUACUUGGCAUCAUGGUUAUUACAAUCCUAUUGAAUUACUGGAAUCCAUUUGGCCGCAUAAGUUUGAGCGAAUUUGCUAUGAAGUUGUUCUCGCAAUGCUCCCCUGAAAAAGAUGACGCAGGCUUAUGUGUCACCGAUUCUUCUGAAAUACCUCAAAUCUUGACCCUCCUAUUGAUAACAUUGUUGAUCAAGAUAUUCUUGGCGGUGAUUACUUUUGGUUGUCGAAUACCUGGUGGCAUUUUCCUUCCCGUCCUUAUCAUUGGUGGUAUUGCUGGUCGCAUGAUUGGGCUAUCAAUGCAGCAUCUCGUCAUGACGUAUCCCGAUACAUGGCCAUUCAAAGUAUGCUCGGCUGAGAUUGCAUCAGAUCAGCAAUGUAUCAUACCCGGUAUAUAUGCAAUGGUGGGUGCUGCAGCAGCCUUGACUGGUAUGACGAGGACAACAGUCUCUCUUGUUGUGAUCAUGUUCGAAUUGACGUAUUCCCUCGUGUACUCAGUGCCCAUAAUGAUUGCAGUAAUGAUGGCAAAAUGGGUUGCCGAUGCAAUGUACCUUGAUGGAUUAUACGACCUGUUGAUUGAGUUGCAAGGAUACCCCUUCUUGGAUUCACGCAAAACUUUUCCUCACUCAUUGCAUACCGUGCGUGAUUUGGUGACUGAACAAGGCGAACAAGAGCAUCCCUUUAUCGAUAUGGAUGACGACCCAAUCACAGUAGGCGCUUUAUACAAGAAGCUAGAAGCAAUUGAUUAUACUGAGGAUGGUGGAUUUCCUAUCUUGAGCAACGGGGGUCGUACGCUUGAAGGAUACAUCGCCACCAGUGAAUUAUCUUUUGCGCUGGAUCAACUAUCAAAUUAUUGUUCUUCGAGCCCCUAUCCAAUAACAGAACAAGAAUGCAUGAAUGUACCUUGUUAUUUUCGACGUAAUAAGGGUACCCAACCCUGUCUCAUUGCACCAAUACGCACGACGCUUAGUGAUUGCAAUGAUAGCGAAGAUGAUGAUGAUAACGAGCAAGCAGACAUUUUCCGACCAGCGUUGAACGAUCUUUCCAUCUAUGUGGAUCAGGCACCGCUAACAAUCAAUCAAAACGCAUCUAUGGAGCUCCUGACCGAACUUUUCAUUAAGCUGGGUUCACGAUACAUAUGCGUGACGCGAUCGGACGGCCAGUAUAUUUCAGUAAUUCACAAACGCACACUGCUUGCCUAUAUUGAAACAUUAGAGGAGCAUACCUAA